AUGCCUCCCCCCGCCGACCCCGACCACGACCGCCGUGCCUCGUCCUACGACAUCCUCAAUGCCUUCCGCAGGCUCACCGGCACCCGCCCGCGCGCCGACCCCUCCCCUCCGCCGCCGCCGCCCGUGAACCCCGUGCGUGCGCUGUCUGUCGGCUCCCUGCCUCCCUCCUCCCUGGCGAGCGGCCCCGAUAGCCUGCAGCGCAUCACCCACGUCGCCGCCGAGUCCGCCAGGCCCCACGUCACCGGAGGCCCGCCCGAGCUGCCACGCCUGCUCGCGCAGCUGGACAAGACCCGUCCCUUCGCCGAGAGAGCAGAUGCCGUCGACAGCAUAUGCGCCAUCCUGGAGGAAUACCCCCUGCAGAACGUGCUCGCCCUGUGGUCCGUGGCGAGCGACCUGAUCCUGCCCAGCCAGCCCGACCACGUCGCCGAGCCAGGCUUCAAGCUCCUCAGAAGCAUCUCCCUCGACCCCAAGCUGACCCCCGUCGAGCGCACCCUCAUCUUCGACGCUGCCGCCUACACCCGCACCACACGAUGCUUCCAAUGGCGCCUCGACAUCAUCUCCACCCUCACAAGCGGCGGCAAGAACAUUGCUGCCUGCGAGUCCGCCAUUGUGCCCUUUGUGCUGAACGCCCUGGAUGCCUGCUUCAGAGCCAGCCGCGACGCCUUCAGCUCGAACCGGAAAGCAAGCAGCAAGCGCAGCGUCGACCACCCCUUGCCAGAGACCGACAAUCUCGGCCGCAUCUUUCAGUACGCCACCGAUGUCUGCAAGUUCAACGCUAGGAUCCUCACCGACAACAAUCUCGAGCAAAUCCUCGAACGCGCCAUGUACAUCUGCCAGAACACCACCCAACAAGGCGACAUGGAGAACUGCAUCAAGCUCUUCGACACCAUCAUCACCUACGUCCACGUCCCAAUCAACGCCCUCAAGCCGAGUCUCGAGGUUCUCUGCGCCAUUCACCGCCAGAUGGCUGGACUCCGGGACCAGACUUGGAACACGUUGAGCAACCUGUUCAAGUCGCACGUGGGCCAGGCAGCCAUCAUGUCGCUGUUGCACACGCUCAGAGACGGCCCAUCGAUCAAGAACCGACAGAGCAGCCUAUACAGGGGUACCAUGCAGGUCCUGCAGCUGCUGGUACUGAAAGAUGGACAGAGCGAGCUGCCCAAGGUUCCCAUGUCGCUCAUCUUCUCCGCCCUCAAAGCUUCCAUCAAAGAGCCGCACGCCACACAGGAGGAGUUCGUCAUCGACCUCAUCGACUCUAUACUGGCGCAAGAAGCCAUGACGGAUGCACUGCUUGCCGAGGCAGACCUGACCGAUAUGCUAGACAUUGUUCGUGUCUGCGCUGAGCGUGAUGAAGACCGAUUUCGCGCAAAGAUGGCCGGAUCUACCGAGAACCCAACUGCCUCGGGCAAGGACACGCAUGGGUUGCCACAGUCCGCGUUGGAGAAUGGUAGCGCGCGAGCUGCAAAAUCGGACAAAGUCCCCUCUCUAGGAGGCCACGACGAAGACUUCGGUCCACAUGCCGACAAUCCUGCCGUGCCAUCUGCCAGGUUCGAAGCCGUCCGUCGAACCGAAGACGACUGUAUCUUCCGACUACUGGUCAAACUCGAUCGCAUAAGCAACGCAAUGGACUAUGUGCAGAAAAACGCCGUCAUGGAUCUGUUCCUGCACUGCGCCAACCGCCUGAGCGACCCCAUCGCAGAAAAGAUGAUUCAGUAUUUCGCCGAGGAGCGACUCCUGAACCCUUCCAACAUCGCCUGGUUAGACGCUUCUCGUAACGUGGCAGCUGCAACCUUGCACGAUGCGACCAGGCCAAACGCUGUCCGAAUAAUGGCAAUCAAGACACUCCGGGACGCUUACGACGCGGUGGAGCAACUUUGCGCAACGCACGUUGCUGCUCAGAGCGCUGCGAUACUGCUCGACAGGAUCGAACCCGAGGGCAAUGUUCAAGUGUUGGAAGCGCUUGUGGAUUUUGCUGUUGAUGUUGCCGACAAAGCGCAGCUGGACAGAUUCUCAGAGGUCAUGCAGUUGCUACAGAGGAAACUGGACCAGCCACGGCUAGCAGCCGCAAACCCCUCUCAACCAUGGUCAUCAUCGCCUGCGUUCCUCCCGAGCUCUGAUCAAGGAGACCCUUCUCACUGUAACGUUAUAGCCGUGGCCUUUGUACGACUCUUCAUUCGAAACGUUGCCCAUGCGGCGCAAAAGACACGCAUUCUGUACAACGCCAUUCGAGGAAUCGCAGGCAACGACAAGUACGACAACGAUUCGCGGUUGACCGCGCUCAGGCUGCUCUUCCGAUUGCGUGCCGAUUCACGCCACGCUCUUACCGUCAAUGCCUCCUCGGAAGGUGAGCGGAUAGCUGCCGAGCUGUGUCGCACGGAAGAAACUGCCGUUGUCACUGACAAGACCGACGGGUCUGUGUUGAACGAUCACGCACGAUCCGAAGAUGCAUCUUCAGGGCGCAAGAUUUCUGGCUCUAGUCCACAUGCUUCCCUCCAUCGGCAAAACGGUCGUGCGACUACUACAGCGGGCCGUGUAUCGAAGCCGAUCGCCCCUUUGUGGAUGUAUCCAGGGCCCAAAGGCCUGCCUGAAGAGCCCACUUCCGAGCCUAGUCGUGUCGUGUUUUCUCACAUCGAUGCCAGCAAAUAUCCACUCGGCGAUGACGUUCAUGACAUGGAGAUUACACUGUGGCUGGAGCUGAUCAUCUCAUUGCUGCAGAGACCGUCUGACUGGGAGGUGUACAGCUAUGUUUUGGUCCACCUAGGACCUCAAUUGUCGAAUCAGGCUCUGGUGCGAAGCUGCGUAGUGCAACUACGAAUGCUCAGGAACGUCCUCUGCGAGCAAGUCCGCAACAACAGCUUCCACGAGCCUCCACCUCACACCUUACUCAAGAAGGCCGAUGUAGCAGUGUGCCUGUACCACAUCCUCACAGUCAUCCUCAGCUACCACGAGUAUUUCGAGAAGAGCGAAGAGGAUGACCUUGUCAAGGCGUUCUUGCAAGGGAUCGUGCAGUGGGACAAGACUUCCAAGUGGUGCAUCCACGCCUUGUCCGUCUGCUGCUUCGAGGUUCCUCUGUCUGUCAGCAAGUCUCUUGACACCAUCAUCCAGAAGAUGUCUCAGAUUGUAACCAAGCCCGCGACUGCAAUUCACAUCCUAGAAUUUCUUACCUCCUUGGCCCGUUUGCCAGAGCUGUACAAGAAUUUCCGCGAGGAAGAGUUCAAGACUGUGUUUGGAGUGUGUUUCCGCUACUUGCAACAUAUCAGAGACCAACGCAGUCGCGCGGCCAUGCCGAGCCUGUCACAGAGAGGCCACAGUUCGUUGCGUCACAGCGGCCCGGCUAGAGAACCUACACCGACGUCGGACAACGGCUCCCAACGGUCACACGCUGUCGAAGAAGACUUGCCCCAUUAUCUAUACUCAUUGGCUUUCCAUGUCGUAACCUUCUGGUUCAUGGCACUCAAGAUGGAAGAUCGGCCUAGGCAAAUCCCAUGGAUUACCAAGAACCUCUUGACCGUGGACAGCUCGGGGAGACAUACCAUGGAAGAGCAAGGUCAGGUCAUUGUGGACAUUAUGAACAUGGUGGCCUACACGGAUCGGGAUCAUACCGUACGCAAUGAGAACUUCUCGAAACCAGGCGACGGCGAGGUCUGGAAGAAGACAUGGAUCGUGAACAACGGCCUCUUGACGAUCGAGACAGCAGCAAGAACGGGUGUUUCUCAGGUCACGUCCCGUCGACCGUGUGGAACACGCUUCUUUACGCUGCGACCGUCGCUUGUACCGCCUCCGCGCCAUCAAGUGCCAAUCACGGUCGGGCUUGCGUCUGACGCGUUUUAUUCCUCGUCUUAUGUCGGCAUACUGCCAGAAGACAUCUUCCAAAGCUUCUACGCGCCUCUGGAUCUAACAAACACCACCGUUGCUCUGCCAGACGACGAUAUGACACGUCGUGCUAUUGCCACAUUCGAUCGCACGGCAACAAUCGAUAGCCACAAAGUCGGUGUCAUUUACAUAGGCGAAGGGCAAACCAAUGAGCGUGACAUUUUCAUGAAUGACAUUGGCUCUCCUGCCUACACAUCGUUUGUUAGCGGCUUAGGCACAUUGUGUCGUCUCAAGGAUGCCAAGUUCAACACCGGUGGUCUCGACACCCGCGGCGACGCAGACGGAGAGUUCACCUAUCUCUGGCGCGACAGAUGCUUAGAGCUGGUGUACCACAUCACUACCAUGAUGCCAACAGACCCCAACGACGACAUGACAUACCCAAACAAAAAGCGUCACAUUGGCAACGAUUUUGUCAACAUCAUCUUCAACGACUCCGGUCUACCCUACAACUUCGACACCUUCCCAGGCGCGUUCAACUACGUGCACAUUGUCAUCUCGCCAGAAUCUCGGGCGAGCUUCGUGGACCGUCGCAUCGACGCCGACCCCGAUGGCAAAGAUCGUUACUACAAGGUGCAAGUCAUGUCCAAACCUGGCUUCCCUGAUAUCUCUCCGGCUGCCGAGACAAAGAUUCUCGGUGGCAGGCACAUUGCCGCUUACUGUCGUCUUAUCGCCAUCAACGCAUGCGUUUUCUCCGACGUCUGGUUCCAGCGAGAAGGCGGCGAGCAGAUCUCGUCCUGGCGCAACCGGCUCCGCGAGAUCAAGCGUCUGCGCGAACGAUACGGCGGCAGCAUCAGCGACCAGCAUCCAACGUCCACGCCCGCAUCACCCGUCGGUGGCAGCCAGGCUCUGUCCAGCCCCACCUCCCGCGACCAGAACGGCAUCGCGUCCCCUUUCCAGCGCUCCAGUAUUGUCACUUUCAUCACUGAAGGCACGAGUCGCAGCUCCAUCAGCAGCUCCUCUCACGACCAGUGA